AUGGACUUCAUUCCGUCAUGGCCAUUGGGUCUUCGUGUUGUCACACAAUGCCUUUUUGGAGCCUAUUCAACAUAUCUAAUCCUCGCCUUUUCAACUCUAUCCGAUCCGUUGGAGAAACUUUACAAUGAGAGCAUUUAUAGCCAUUAUGGAGUGAUUCUUGGAAAACAACAAUUUGCUUAUAUUGUUGGGAUGAUCAGUGCAGCGAAGUUGAUUGGCUCGAUUUGCUCAUUAAUGGUUCUUUAUCCAUUGUUGGAUAGUUUGGGAAGGAAAAAGAUGGCCGUUCAUUUCCCGUUUAUUCUUGGAGGAUUGAUUGGAAGUUCAUGUCAGAUAUUGGCAAAGCUCCUCGUCUCCGUCGAGCUUUUCUUCAUUGGCGAGCUUUUCAUCGGUGCCGCGUUUCCAUUGAUGAACUUUGCGACAAUCAUGUAUUUAAGUGAAUGUGCGCCAAAUAGAAUUCGAGGUGCUACAACUCUUCUGCUCGGCAUCACUGGGAUUACCUCAUGGAUUGGCAUGUCGAUUCUAGCUAAACCUCACGUUUUGGGAAAUGCAGAUCGUUGGCAUUUCAUUCCCAUCAUCGCUGCAGUGAUGGCGCUCAUUCACUUCUCGAUUUGCAUCCUCUUUCCUGAAUCACCGAAAUUUUUAUAUUACAGAGGUAAAACUGAGGAAGCUGCGAGAGCUGUGCAAAUUUUUCAUGGAAACGAUGUGAAUGUGGCUGAGGUUUUGGAGGAAUACUCACGAGAAGUCCACCAUCCUUUGGAUGAACAAGUCACUUUGUGGAAAGUGUGGGAAGAUACGGAAUAUAGAGAAGCUCUAUUCAUCGUUCUCUUAUUCGAUCUCGCUAGCCAACUCUCUCCCAAUAACAUCGAUGUAAACUAUCAUGUGAUGAUUCGUAAAAAGCUUGGUUACACUGUUGAUGAGAUAAUGCUCCAACGAAUCUUGGUCUCAGCUAUCAUCUUUCCAUUGAAUUUCUUUGCUGCUUACGCGAUUGAACGAUUUGGUCGUCGUUUCUUGACUGUUUACUGUUUCGUUGUGACACUCAUUCAAGUUUUCUGGCUAGCUUUUGGCCAAUUUUUAUACGAUAACCAUCAAAUUGGACUACUUUCAAGAGUCACUGGCACUCUAACAAACAUCGCCGGAAAUCUGUUAUCAAACAGCGGAUUUGCAAAUAUGACAUUUUUGAUGAUGGCCGAGUUGUGCGUGCCGAGUAUUCGGACCACAGUGGCACAGGCAGCAGCUCUGCUUGCGAUGAUCGCUCAAAUGUUUAUCUUCUCCACGUAUCCCCCAUUGGUGGCCUCGAUUGGAGCAUGGUACUACUUGUUGACGACAACUUUCAUGAUCAUCAUCUUCAUUAUGAUUCUACACCGAUUACCUGAAACAAAACGAUUGCCCGUCAUUGACAUCAUCGACAACCUUGAGGAAAUCGUUCGAUCAAGGGCAAACACCCUUGUCAUUCCGCGAUCUCGUGCACACAGUGAACGGGAGCCAUUGAUGGCACGAAGACGUCACACAUACACAGGAAAUCAUUUG